AUGUGCGAGCGCAAUCUUCUCAGUCCUGGCUAUGUUGGUUCAUUGUUGAAUUUCCCCUCAUCGGACUCUUUUUAUUUCCCCAAUUUACGGGGCAAUGGAGCUCAGAUCCCUGGGCUUCCCCCUGUUUCAUACGGAAGGAGAGAAGUGUGCUCGCUCCCGUGGACUUCCCCAAGUUCGUGCGCAUCUCCGCCACAGAGCCGCGCCUUCAGUGGUUACUCUCAGCCAUUUCUGACCAAUUCGGUGCCUCAAAGUACCAAGCCCAACAACCACAACAAGGGACCACUUGAGGAAUCCAGUAAAUGCUACUAUCAGGAUAUUAACCUGAAACCAGAAGAGCCAGGUAGACCAGCGCCAUCUUUCGCCGGCUCAACCAAAUAUGAUUUUUCAAACUUGGAUAGACAAUCGCAAACCGUCCCAUGUGCCGAACUGAAUUCAGGUAGCCGAGCGGUUACCGAAGGUAUCGAGCAGUCGGUGAGCACAAAUGUCAUAAUGCAGCCAUCUUCGAGUAACCCCUGUUCCAGAGCAUCCCCGUCAGACGGUGUGCAGUGGGGCCCGACACACGUGAAGUCCAGGAAAAAACGAAAACCAUACUCAAAGCCGCAGCUCGCUGAACUCGAGAAUGAAUUUCUCAUGAAUGAGUUCAUUAACCGACAGAAGAGAAAGGAGCUCUCCGACAGAUUAGACUUGAGCGAUCAACAAGUGAAGAUCUGGUUUCAGAACCGGCGGAUGAAGAAGAAAAGACUCAUGAUGCGCGAGCACGUGUUCUCAAUGUUCUGAAUGGUUCCAGUGAUAUGACCUCCAUCGUGCAGGAGGUUUCAGACUAGAUAAGUACGGCCUUUUUAGAAAUCAGCACAGUUCAGCCCAGUGUCACAUUACAAAUGGGAUAUUUUGGAAUUACAAGUUCUUCAAAGGUUCUGGGGCGAUCUUUUUAAUAAACCAUGGGCCUACUGCAGAAGUAGCCUACUACAAACGCUGCACUGAAUGAUAAGUGUGAAAAUCUAUGCGUCACUCAUGACUCAUUCUUUUUCUUUAAAGCCUAAUUCAGGCUUUAUUUCAAGUGAACUUGUCAAGUUACUGCUGAACACCAUGAUUUAAGCAAUGGAAGUAAACCUGUAAGAACAAGUACUUUCUAAGUAUGUAAAUAUAAUAAUAGGCCAAAUAAUAAUAAUAUAAUGAUGAUAAUAAUAACAGUUCAGCGCAUUUAAAAUAGUUUAAGAAAAGUUUUUGGAGGUAGCCUACUCUCUGCAGAGCUUUUCCAAUAUAACCAAUGGUGGUGUAUUAGUGUAUGUGGUUGUAGAAGUGGUUAUAGUGUAACAUGAGCAGUUUUUCCCAGCCAGUUUUUGGCGUACUAUUUAAGAUAAUAAUUCAUUCUCAAAUGUCAAUGUAACUAUUCCGAAAAGCAUGUCAAUCUCGUCACUGAAUAUUCGCAGAUUAUUCCAAGUUCUUGUGACCUGUAACUGCGGUGGUGGAAGUUCCACGCUGUCCCCAACAUAAGGGACCUCCACCCCCCGACCGACCCACUUCACCUAAAAUGCACUUGCCUUUUUAUCCCUGUAUUUUUUGUGAAUGUCUUCUCAAUGCAUCAUAGAAGUAGGCCAACAGAAAAACAACGGAUUUUCAACAGACUUAGGAAUUAUUCUGUUGAAUAUUAUGGAAUGUUAUUGCAAAUAUUAUAUUUCUACUACUGCUGCGUAGUCGAUUUCAUAUUAUUUAAAAAAUUCACAAUUGUACUGUAUGUUGUAUUUAACGUCCUGCUUUGUAUAUGUUGAACAUUGUGCUUGUUUAUCCUAUAUAUAUUCACGAGCGAAUAUACUGGGCUGUCCUGCAGGACUCUGAAACCAAAGGUUAACUCUAGGAUGUGAGUCCAAGCUCAAGUUCGUUAAAACGUUAGUUGAGAGGCAAGGUGAAAAUAGGUGAUGGGUGAAAAUAAUGAAGACGAAAAUAAUCUGUGCAUGCCAAGUGUACACAAUAUCUAUUGAAAUAAAUUUGUUAUAUGUGGGUUGGUAAUGUAUUUACUCAAAUAUAUAAACGUCAUAUCAUAACAUUUGUUUGGGGUUAUAGGCUGAAAAACCUUAAUGUGUUCGCUUAAUAGUAAAUAGUAAUUACAGUUAUGCGAAUAACGUUUAAGAAAAUGCUAAGAUUUUUUUUAAUUGAAUUUGUUCAGCUGAACGUUUGUGUGUGUGUUAGCUGUUUUAGCCUCAAAAUACUGUACUGUAAUAAUGUAUCGUUUAUGGGAUUUGGACAAGGCAACAAAAAAGAUGACUUUGCAUGAAUUUAGUUUGUUUCUGACAUAAUAUUAGGAAAAUAUGUGAACAUGCAUCAAUGUUCAGAUUGUUUUUUUUUUUUUUUUUUUUGUUUAUGCGCCGAGCAUUGAGAAAAGCUGUUAUAUCCUGUGGAAAGGAUUGUAUAAAGAAUUGUAUAAAUAAUGUUGUACCUAGUAGUAAAUCAGCAGCAACACGUAAACGUUAUGAUAACGUUGUGCUAGAACAAUAUUUGUAUUUUUCGCUCUCUCUCUCUCUCUCUCUCUCUCUCUCUCGCACACA